CUGAUAGCUGCUGCUGAAAGGAGCUGGGAAUCCAUCUGAAGCUCCCAGGAUUUGAAGACAGAUUCCCACAGACUUCGAUCUGGUAGAUCCCAAAUGUGGCAGCUUUUACCAGCAGCAAUUUGGAUGCUUCUUCUUGGAUCUAUAUGUGGUUAUGAUAAGAAAAGAAGCACCAUAAAUCCUGAAGCUAAUAUGAAUAUUAGCCAGAUUAUUUCUUACUGGGGUUAUCCUCAUGAAGAGUAUGAUGUUGUGACAAAAGAUGGUUAUAUCCUUGGAAUUUAUAGAAUUCCUCAUGGAAAAGGAUACCCCCCCAAAACAGCUUCCAAGCCUGUUGUGUAUCUUCAGCAUGGCUUAAUAGCAUCUGCCAGCAACUGGAUUUGCAACCUGCCCAACAACAGCUUGGCUUUCAUUCUGGCAGAUACUGGUUAUGAUGUAUGGUUGGGGAACAGCCGAGGAAACACCUGGUCCAGAAAACACCUGAAAUUGUCACCCAAAUCACCAGAAUAUUGGGCCUUCAGUUUGGAUGAGAUGUCUAAAUAUGACCUUCCAGCCACAAUCAAUUUUAUCCUAGAGAAAACUGGACAGGAGCAACUUUACUACGUGGGCCACUCCCAAGGCACCACUAUAGCUUUCAUAGCAUUCUCUACAAAUCCAGAACUGGCUAAAAAGAUUAAGUUAUUUUUUGCACUGGCUCCAGUUGUCACAGUAAAACACACCAAAAGUCCUCUGAAAAAAUUAACAACUCUUUCCAGGCACGUAAUUAAGGUAUUGUUGGGUGACAAAAUGGUUUACCCACAUACGUUAUUUAACCAAUACAUUGCCACCAAAGUGUGCAACCAGAAGCUCUUCCACCGUAUAUGCAGCAACUUCCUAUUUACUCUGUGUGGAUUUGACACCAAAAACUUAAACAUGAGUCGCUUGGAUGUUUAUUUGUCACAGAACCCUGCAGGAACAUCUGUUCAAACUAUGCUGCAUUGGGCCCAGGCUGUUAAUUCUGGUCAGCUCCAAGCUUUUGACUGGGGAAACCCUGCUGAGAAUCUGAUGCAUUUCCACCAGCUUACACCACCUUUCUACAAUGUCACUAAGAUGGAAAUUCCAACGGCAGUGUGGAGCGGUGGACAGGAUGUUGUGGCUGAUCCCAAGGACAUCGAAAAUUUACUUCCUAAAAUUGCAAACCUUAUUUAUUACAAGCUGAUUCCAUACUACAAUCAUGUGGAUUUUUACCUUGGACAGGAUGCACCUCAGGAAAUUUACCAAGACCUAGUUAGAUUGAUGGAGGAAUGGAAACAAAAUUAAACGCACAUUCCUUUCUCCAAGCAAGUGGAUUUUCAUAAAAAUAAUAAUAAGCAGACAAACCCUAAGGAGAUCCUAGUGAUUUCCAUCUCUCAUAUCCAUGCCUUUGUGUAAUGCCCUGCCCCUCAGUGUGGUUGGGAUCUCAAGCCUCCUUCCAGCCAACAGAACCGGCAAAGGUCCAAGAGGUCACACCCCAGCUCACAUUUGCUAUAUGGCAAAGGUGAUGGGGGUGGGGUCUCACUCCCUGGUUAAGUUACAUUAUAUAAGAAUCCAUCUUAGCUCAUGGCAGCAAGAGAACCUCCUUGAUGACUUGAUGAAAUAAACUGAUGUGUAGAGGAAGCCCACAUUACAAGGAACUGUGUGUGGAUUAUAGCAUCUUAGGAUGGCCUCCAGGCAAUAACCAGCAAAAAACCAUGGCCCUCAGUCAUAGAGAAAUAAGAAUUAUGUGCAAGACCUAAAUGAGCUUGGAAGCCCAUUUUUCCCUAGUAAAGCCUCCCAUUAAGACAGCAGCCUGAGCAGGACUCUGAUUGCGCAACCUGGAGAGACCCUGAGCAGAGGACCCAGCUACACCAUGCCUGAUCUACUGACCCACACAAACAGUGAG